UUAACAUCGCACAGACCUCGGUAGGCUGAGGUUGUCGGAAGCAAGUAACGUAUUUAUCAUGAAGGUCGUGAUUGUCUUUAUUGCUGCCAUAAUUUUUGGAGCGUUGGGAGGAAACUCCGCUGAGGGUUUGACAUGCAACUAUUGCCAUAGUUCCACGUCGAUGGAUGACUGCACUGAAUCUCAAGAGGUCCAGCAGUGUUCGCAUGGGGAAACACAUUGUGGUGAAAUGUACGCCCAGCCGAAAGACGUGGAGUUCUUUGUGAAAGCAUGCAUACCGGAAGACCUUUGCUCGACUUAUUGCAAAGAUGGAUACAAUGAAGAGGGGGGAUUUAACUGCGAAUUAUACUGCUGUGAAGGAGACCUCUGUAACUGAGCAUUGCUCUAAAAGUGUGCCCUAAAAUGGCGCCGGUAAAAUUUAGCUGUUAAUAAAUGGCAAACAUUUAACAAGAGUUGACUCAGUAAAAUAAAAUUAAACUGCAAUGUUAUCUGUUAUGCCU